AAUUGCAGUAUGUAACUGAGGCCGGAAAAACGCCACCAAGUGAGCUUAUCUUAUUUGAGAAGAAACAGGAAGCUGCUGUUGCUGUGUCUAAAGCUGAAACACUGAGAAGCUACAUGGAGGUUUUAAGUAGUCUAACUAAACGAGGAUAUGAUGAAUUUGUAGCAAAAGUGAAGGUCCUCAAGGUGGGCAAUGACCCGAAUUGUGGUAAAGUUGUACCACUCUCAUUCAAAUCCAAUGUGAUCACCAUAAAAAGAGAUGCAAAGUCGGAUGAGUACCUCAAACUCGUCAAAUUAUUGAACAAAGAUCCAACCAUGUAUCCAUCGGACACUAGCAAAACUUGUGCGGAACUACCAAAGCCAAAAGGGAGUUGUCGUUCCUCUAAACCUGAAGCAGUUCGUGCGUGCCAGCUUCUCCGAGCGAGAAUGAAUAGUUUCAAAGAUGACACUGGAACUCGACAAGAUUGGAAACCGGAAGAUGCCUGGCGAUCGGAGGCAAUGGACUUGGUUGGGUCCAUAUUUUCCCAAGCAUGUCGCCCAAUGAUCAAGCCGAAUUUUGCUACUAAUAUAAAUCUUAUUAUGAAGGGAUACCUGACCAACUAUGUAAACAACACCCUUCCAAACACCAUGGUCACCUAUGAGUCCAAGUUGCCAGCGGGGUGUUCGCCGUCAUCAACUUCACCAUCAAACGGGACAGCCCCAACCACACCUUGUAAAACAGUGACAGAGGAAUGCGACGAAGGAAACCCUAACCAAGCUGCGGCGAACGGGACGCACACCUGUACAUUGGCCCCACUGCCCAGCCGAAGACCAUUUUGGGACAUUCUCAUCCAUGCCCUCAAGGAUUGCUACAAACAUGAAAGACAACUCCACUUUAAGCGAAAUUACACAGAAGAUGGAUCUCGAGAGUUUUACAUGUUCCUUUACCCACUCAGCAAUCCGCCUUAUACGCCCGUGCUCGUCGAGUACAACAUUGAGCAAGCAGAUGCAGAAUAUUCCUUUAAUUAUGCCAUCGACUCUUUUUGGCGAAUAUUUGCCACCGUAAUGGGAAUGUGUUUUCCCACUUGGAACAGUAUGAAGCCCACAUUACGUCAAAAUUUUACGCGUACUUUACUGAGGAUUUCUUCUACCCAUUGGGCAAAGAGUGGAGACAGAACAGGGACAAUCCGGUAUUUCGCCGUAUUUUGGGAGAAUUUUAUAUGAAAAGGACUGAUUACUGGGUUCCUCAUUGUAUGGAAUCAGCAUUUAUUCGAACGGGAACUCUGGACUGGAGACCACCUAGGAAGCUGCUUGUCAACGGGAUGACAGAAAUGAACUUUUUUAUUAAGGGACCCAUUGCUCGAUCUGGAAAUGGGAAAUAUAGCAUGUAUUUUUGAUUAUACAUAUAAAGUAUUUCAAUAAUUGUAUGCAACAUUUGAACAGGAUAAAUUAAAUGGCAAAUAAAUUAAUUCUCCAAAGUUUAAUCAGGUUUUAUUUUACAAAAGUAUAUAAAUAUUUAGAGAAUAAUUUGAAUAUUAAAUAUAUAAACAUCUUCAUGUAAGUGAUAUCAAAAAGUAAAAAUUUGCAUUGACAAAACGAUCACUCUUGAUUGUCUCUCUCAAUAUAAAACUCGUAUAUGUAAACUGUGAAGUUUAAAUUGUCAUGAAGGAACUAAUAAAUAAAUAUAAAAAAUAA